GGCGAUCACCAUGAUUUACUCAACCAAUGAAAUCUUUAGAAUCUGUGGUGGGCGGAGUUUGUGCUUUAACUGUGUUAAAAAGGUGAGGAAUAUUCACAUGAUCCUACAGGACUGGAGCAGACACCAGGAGAAGCUGCUGAAAAUGACACAUACUAUGGUAAAGGUGGAGUCUGUUAAAGAGGAGAUAGAAGACAUGAGUGUUUCAAAACCAUCCAGAAUAAAACAUGAAGAUACUGAGGAACAAACAGACUGGAUGGAAUUAAAACAGCAAAGACAUGAGGUGAAUGAAGUGGAGGAGGAAUGUUGUAAAAUCAAAGGUGAACAGCUGUUCACAUGCACUCAGUGUGGAAAGAGUUUCAGACACAAAGGAGACCUUAAGAAGCACAUGAGGAUCCACACUGGAGAGAAACCACACACUUGCUCUCAGUGUGGAAAGAGUUUUACUGCAGCAUCAGGUCUCUGUUAUCAUCUGCGCAUUCACUCUGGAGAAAAGCCAUUUAACUGUGAUCAGUGUGGUAAAAAGUUUAUUUCAUCAUCAAAUCUAAAAGCACACCUGACAGUUCAUUCAGAUGAGAAGCCUCAUGUGUGCUCUUACUGUGGAAAGAGUUUUUCACGACUGGCCGGUUAUAAACAGCACCAGAAAACACAUAAUGAAGUGAGAGAUCACAUGUGUUUUGAGUGUGGGAAGAGCUUUACUACAGGCGUACAACUGAAACAGCACCAAAUAAUUCAUACUGGAGAGAAACCUUACAAGUGCUCUUAUUGUUACAAGAGUUUCACUUAUUCUGGAAACAUGAAAGUACAUGAGCGUCUUCACACUGGAGAGAAACCUUACAAGUGCUCAUAUUGUGACAAGAGUUUCACUAAUUCUAGAAACAUGAAAGUACAUGAGCGUCUUCACACUGGAAAGAAACCUUACAAGUGCUCCUAUUGUGACAAGAGUUUCACUGAGUCUGGAAACAUGAAAAAACAUGAGCGAGUUCACACUGGAGAGAAACCAUACCACUGUACUCAGUGUGGAAAGAGUUUUACUCAGUCAGUGUCUCUACUGACUCAUAUUAGAAAGCAUUGUUCUGUGAGCAAAAGUUUUCUACAGAUUCAGUAUUUCAAAUAUAUGAUGUGUGAUUCAGAUUCAGUAAAUAGAUUCAGAUUCAGUAAAUAUGAGAUUAGCUCAAAUAAAUUAAUUUUGCUUUGA